AUGCGGACGGGCAGGAGAAGCAGGUCGGAAAGACUAGGAUUCGACUUGGCUGGGCGCAGCCGAUCGGCGUCAUGCAUCUGGAGACCAUCGAGGUGCGUCGCUUCACGGGCUACUGGAGCGCGAGGCCCCAGAACAGGCCCAGCACUGGCAAGGACGCGCCUGGUCAGCCCUCAGGAAAGAAAGAGGUACGCCGACAUAAACAAGGUGGCCCGGUGGUUCGGCAUACUGCUCGCCGUCUCAAUCGGCGUGUGGAACAGGGAGCAGUCGCCCUUCUACUGCCAGGAGGCGCACCUGCUCGCGAUCAAGGACGAGGAAAAGCAGCACCGCCGUCUGGUGCGGUACUACAAGAGCCUCGGCUUCAAGACCCUGCGGGAGGAAGACGAGCUGACGUUCCAAGACGCGGUCACGUGGGGCGGCGAGGGCACGUUGAUGAACGUCGACGCCGACGACUUCAUGAGGCAGUGGACGCCCGUCGUCCGGCAGCUGGCCGGGAUCCAGAUGCCCACGCCCCCCAAGUAA